GGGGAAUGGGCGGGAUUGGUAAGACAACUAUGGUUAGAGCAUUGUAUGAGAGAAUCACUCGUCAAUUUGAAUUUAGUUUCCUUCUUACCAAUGUUAGAGACUCUGUUGAGAAAAAUGGUCUACUUAAUCUACAAAAGCAACUUCUUUCUGGGAUUUGUACAAAAAAGGCUGAUAUAUCAGACCUUCAUGAAGGAGCCACCAUCAUAAGGAGGUUGUUAGGUCGCAGAAAAGUUCUUCUCAUUCUUGAUGAUGUGAACCAUUCAAGCCAUUUAAAAUUUUUGGCAGGAAACCAAGAGUGGUUUGGUUUGGGGAGUAGAGUUCUUAUCACAACUAGAAAUGAGCAUUUGUUGAUUGAACAUGGAGUGGAGAGAAGAUUGGCAAUCAAGGAACUUACUGAUGAGGAUUCGCUUCAGCUUUUCAGCUGGAAAGCAUUCAAAAGAGGUUACCCUGAAGAAGACUUUCUUGAUUUGUCUAAAUCUGUUAUAAAUUAUGCCAAAGGUCUCCCUUUAGCUCUUGAAGUACUGGGUUCUUUUUUGCAUGGAAGGGAUCUAAGUGAAUGGAAUAGUGCAUUAAGAAAACUAGGAAGAGUUUGUAACUUGGAAAUUUUUGACAUACUUAAAACAAGUUAUGAUGGUCUAGAUGAUGAAGAGAAGAAAAUAUUCCUAGACAUUUCAUGCUUCUUUUGUGGAGAAGAAAUAGAUCGAGUAACAGAAGUACUGAUCAGUUUUGAUGUUUCUGCAAUUAUUGGAAUAAAAGUUCUUACCGAAAGAUCUCUCUUGACUGUUUUGCAUGGAAGACUAUGGAUGCACGGUUUGCUCCAAGAAAUGGGUCGGGAAAUUGUCCGCCAGGAAUCUAUUAAUGAGCCAGGCAGGCGCAGUAGGUUAUGGCAACCUGAAGAUGUCAAACAUGUCUUGACCAAAAAUACUGGAACAGAAGCAAUGGAAGACAUUGUUCUGGACUCAACUGAGCUUGGAGUAAAGGUGGACGUGGAUGUUAAAUCCUUUUCGAUGAUGAACAGAUUGAGAUUGACAGGACCCGCCCCGAAUUUCACCCUGAAAUCCGAGGUGGCCCUGUGGGGCCCACCUUAGGAAUAACUCUACCGA